AAAUAAACACCAAAAUUUGCCGGAUUUUUCCUCGGAGAUGACCCCGGAGUGGCCGUUCCACGGCCUCGCUGACCCCCUGUGGCCACAGGGAUGACCAGGGCACUGACCCCUGACCCCCCAAACCCCACACUGCCCACACUGACCGCUGUCCCCUGUGGCCGCAGGGAUGACCACGGCACUGACCCCUACCACAGUGGCUACGAGCUGCCCUACAGCGGGGGCGGGGCCGGCCCCACCUACGGCCCCCCCCAGACGCCCUGGGGCCCCCACGAGAUGCAGCACCAGCUCCUGCAGCACCAGCUGCUGCCCAUCCAGGCCAGGCUGGGCACCAUCGCGGAGGUGGACCUGGGCAUGGCCCCCCCGGUGAUGAAGAGCUUCAAGGAGUUCCUGCUGUCUCUGGACGACGCCGUGGACGACGAGACGGAGGCGGUGAAGCGCUACAACGACUACAAGCUGGAUUUCCGCCGGCAGCAGCUGCAGGAAUUCUUCCUGGCGCACAAGGACGAGGAGUGGUUCCGCUCCAAGUACCACCCGGAUGAGGCCGGGAAGCGGCAGCAGGAGGCCCAGGCCGCCCUCAGGAACCGCCUCGGGGUCUUCCUCUACCUCUGGGAGCACGGCUGGUUCGACAACCUGCUCCUGGACAUCGACCGCGCCCCCCAAAUCAUCAAAACCCUCGACGCAGCGGUGAUUAAGAUGGAAGGGGGUACGGAGCACGACCUGCGGAUCCUGGAGCAGGAGGAGGAGGAGGAGCGGACGGAAAAGGCCGAAGGCCCCAAAAAGGAGGAGCCGCGGCCACCGGAGCCCCCUGGGAAAGGCCCCACAGAGCGGCCCAAUGGCGAUGACAGCACCAAGGCCGAAGGGGCGGAGCCAGGGGCGGAGCCUGCAGCGGGGGCGGGGCCAGAUGAAGAGGAGGAGGGCCCAGAGAAGGGGCCCAAGGCUGAGGACGGUGACAAGGAGGGCGGGGCCAAGGUACGUGGACACUCCCCCAAAUGACCACACCCCCCAAAC